GGACAUGUGAGGGGAAAAGAGCCGACUCAGUGGAAAAAUAAAGCAUAUAUGAAGGAGUGGCUGCUGGUGACGCUGUGGACCGAGUUCAGUCCCCCUCGCUCCUGGAGGAAACAGUCAGACGGCUCUGAAAUGAUGUGGACAACAGCUGUCCUCCUGCUGCUUUUGCCUCAUCUGCUUUCCUCCACAGACACAGGAAAUGGCAGACAUUUUAACCAAUCAGAAAUAGACAGUGAGGACUUCUCUGAUGCUCCAGUAAAAGGCCUGAAAUCUCCUGGAGGGGUCAAAGGUCGGGACACGUGCUCCAUCCCGUGUGAUAUCACUGUCAAGCUGCUACGAGAUGAGAAGCAUUCAAUAUGUGGCCAGUUGCAGCAGUCUCUGUUAGCAUUUGGACGCAGCACCCGCAAGCUGAUGAGGGAUGUGAUGGAGGAGCAGCAGAGAGCCCUGGACGUCCUCAGCAAUCAGGUCACAGAGCUGAUGACCAGAGUGCAGACGCUCAGCUCCGAGGUUCAGAGAAGCAACACUGAGAUGUACUCAAUUAAACCUGUGCAAUCCCACGGACGAGACUGCAGCGACAUCAAGGACAAUCUCCUGUCGGUCGUCCCCAAGAUCCCCAGCGGUAUUUACAUCAUCCACCCGGACAACACCGACUCUUCAUUUGAGGUUUUCUGUGAGAUGGACUACAUGGGAGGCGGAUGGACGGUGAUGCAGCGGAGGACUGAUGGAUUAACGGACUUCAAACGGCCCUGGGCUGAUUACGUUGAUGGCUUCGGACACCUCGCAGGAGAACACUGGCUGGGUCUGAAGAAAGUAUUUCAUAUAUUAAACCAGAAGGAUACUCGGUUCCAGCUUCACAUGGCUCUGGUCUCCCACGAUGACGUCACCUCUUAUGCAUCAUAUGAUGAUUUCCGCCUGGACAGUGAAACCCAGUUCUUCAGUAUACACCUGGGCAGAUAUGCAGGCAGCGCUGGCGAUGCAUUUCGUGGCUACGAGCAGGAGCAGAACCAGGACACGGCUCCAUUCAGCGCCUCAGAUGUGGACAACGACGGCUGUAAUCCUUUCUGCUCCAUCCACAACCGCACGGUGGAGAGCUGCAGCGCUCAGCACAACCAGACGGGCUGGUGGUUCAACCAGUGUGGCCUGGCAAACCUCAACGGCUCCCCUGAGGACGUCGAGCUGAACCGGGGCCAGAGGACGCACAUCCUGUGGGACACCUGGAGACAGAACGGGGUCCCUCACAUCAUCAAAUCUGUCACGAUGAAGAUCAGGAGGAUUGCAACCAAUAACUGACAGUGAGGAGGAGGAGGUGCAGGAGGAGAAAGAGGUGGAGAAAGAAAGA